AUGCUGUUCAUUUCACAAAAUUAUACUUCAAAAGUCGACCUCUGGCAAAUGGGGGCCCUGUUUUCAGCCUUCUGUGCAAUUGCUACUUUUUUACUUUGUAUUUUCAACCGUGAACCAGAAACGUUUUUUUCGGGCUUAUCAUCAAAAACAGCAUAUCGCUUUUGUGGUUUGAAAUCAUAUGAAGAUAAAGUGUCUGUUCAAUUUAAAAGAUGCUCCUUGGUGCAUGUUAAUGUAUUACUCAGACAUGGAACUAGAGCACCAGAUUCCAAAUCAAUCAAAUCUUUCACAGAUUUACACGAACGUCUUAAAGAAAGUUAUAACAAUGGAUCACCAAUUCCUUACAAACUUCUAACACAUCCAAUACCUUUUAAAAAUGCUGCUGCAAAAGAACUUUUACCUAGAGGAUUUCAAGAACAUGAUGGUUUAGGCAGACGUUUUUUUAAUCUCAUGCGACAACAUUUCAAUUUUACAAUUGAAAAUGUUGAUUUCUACUCGAGUUCCAUUGAUCGUUGUAUUGCAAGUGGGAGAGCAUUUUAUAACGGUUUUAUUAAUGGACCAACUAUAAAACCUAUAUGGAAUCGUACAUUAUAUUGUGGUAAUGAUGAAAUACCAAAUAGUUGUUUACUCAAUAAUCAAUUAUCAGAAAUCAAUAAUAAUAAUCAUUACAUAAAGAAGAAUAUAACAAUUAAUAAUUAUUUAUUAAGAUUUUUUGCUGAUUGUAAAAAUUAUAUUGAAAACAUUGAAAAGAAUAAAUCAGCUAUUCAAGAAUAUUAUCAAUUUCUUAAUUCAAAUUAUAUUAUUAAUUCUUAUGAAAAUUUUAUUAAACGAUUUAAUUUAAAACGUGAAAAUUAUACAUUUGAUGAUUUAAAAAUAAUAUUUUUGGCUUGUGCGUAUGAAGUUGCUGCAAUGGAUGAUUAUGACGAUCUAUCACCUUGGUGCAGUCUAUUAACACCUUAUGAUUAUCCAGUAUGGGAGUAUUUAGCAGAUUUAAAGCAUUAUUGGCGUAAAUCGUACGGUUAUGAAUUGAAUUAUGAACAAUCAUGUCCUUUACUUGGUGAAAUAAUACAACAAAUUUAUAAUGUAGCUAUAAAUUUUCAGAAAAACAACUAUAGUCAAAAUAAUCCAACAUUACAUCGUGGAAGUUUUUGGUUCGGGCAUGCAGAAACUAUUCUACCUAUUGUCGCUGCUUUAGGUAUAUUCAAUAACUCGAUUGGUCAUUCGACUUUACACAAGUUAACAGCAGAUAGCUUUGAUGAAAGAUUAAGAAUGAUCUAUGAUACAGAUGUUCCAUCGCCUACAAUGUUUCGCACAAGUUAUAUAGCACCAUUUGCUGGCAAUGUGGCUUUUCUAUUAUAUUACUGUCCUGAUUUAGAUUCUGAUAAUGAUCUGGAUAAAUUUCGUGUCAAAGUAUUAAUCAAUGAGAAAACAAUUGCUUGGCCAUUAGCUAGUUCAAUACAACCGCCUACAUUAGAUCAUCCAGGUGAAACAAAUGCUUCUCUAACAACUAUAUUACAAUAUUUCAACGGUUGUAUGCCUAAUAAUUAUGAUAAUAAUAAAGUUUGUUCACUUCACAAGACGUUUUAG